AUGGAUGGGGUUAAGUGCCGAGUCUUCCUCACUAUGUUGUCCGACUCGGCACAACGUUGGUUUCGAAGGUUGCCGGACGGGUCGAUUCAGAGCUUCAAGGACUUCAGGACGACCUUCCUCCACCACUUCGCAAGCAGUAGGCGUUAUCAAAAGACCAGCGUCAGUCUAUUCUCUAUGAAACAAGGGCCGAGAGAGACUCUUCGGGCCUACAUUCAACGCUUUAAUCAGGCGGCCAUGGGCAUCCCCACAGUCUCGUCUGAAACGAUGAUGAAUGCCUUCACCCAAGGGUUCAUCGACGGAGACUUCUUCCGCUCACUCAUCAGAAAGCUGCCCCGCGAUUACGACCAUAUGCUAAAGAAGGCCAGCGAGUACAUCAACGUUGAAGAAGCUCAGGCGACCCGAAGCGCCAUCGGAACCGAUGGGGCACGCCGAACGAAGGCCGCCGACCAGCCACCAGCCUCCGAGAGGGCCCCGAGCUGA